GUACAAGAGCGUAAAUCAUUACACCUGUUUUUAUGUCGUUGCUCGGAUACGACUUGUAAACAAUGUGAGGAUCUAAUACUCUGAGCACCACUAAGUAUUGAAACCAUAGUGUUUUAGUCUGUGUGUUGCCAACCUUUAUUCAUUUCAACAGUAAGUCGGAACUAUUCUUUAAGCUUAUUUUAAAUUAUUUUGCAAAUGUCACAAUUUAAAGAGAGAAAGUAUGCUUUACAAAAUGAUCAUGAUGAGACAAUUUACGAUCUUUUGAAAAUAAAACUAGAAGAUAACGACCAAGACCAAGCUCAAGAAAACGCCAAAGAAAAUAGGCUUUCAAAUCGCACCUAUAUAUCAAAGUACAGAAAAUCUGUAUUACAAGAAAAGAAAAAAGGGAAAAGUUUACGAAAAACUAUGGGAGAAGCUGAAGUUUCCCUUAGCCCUCCAAAUGAAUACUUGAAGAAACACAAAAAGGAGCCAUGCUUUGGAGAAGUAAUGUGUUUUAAGUACCCUGAUGCUGAUCAGCGUCGACCACCUGUCCCAAAGGUUUCUGAAAAACCUCCCAAAAUAGAAAAGUCAGAUAAAGAUUUUAUCAAAGAAAAUAUUCAAGAUAUUUUACAUGCUGCACCAAGACAACCAGAGCCUCGUUUAGUGGAUACAUGUAAGGGGAAUGUUUUUCCUUUAGAAACAUCUGGUUUGGUUCCUAAGUAUAUCAACAAAAAGGAGUUUGGUGUGCCACCGAGUUACUUAGUUCAACGGAAAGCUGACUUUGAACAAGCCAAAGAUUUUUACAGAGCUUAUGUUACCAGUGAACAUGAGAAAGAAAGUCUACAGCAACUCAGUGAAGAAGAUAGGAACACAAUUCUUCAUGGUUUAAAGCAGAACCUGGAAGAGCUCCACCGAACUUAUCUGGGUCUUUCUGUUGUGACAGACACCAUACCAAAAAAGCAUCGAAAACAGCAGUUAGAAGCUGACAUGAAGCAGUUAGAGAAAGACAUUCAGCUGUUGGAGAAACACCAUGAAAUCUAUAUAACGAAGUCAUGACACAAUCAUUUCAACACUGACAACAUAAAAAUUGUGUAAAAUUAAUAGAUAGAUAGCAAAUUAUAGUAAAACUUCCAUGUUAAACUGUUAUAGACAAAAUUUGUAAUAUCCUAAAAAAAUAGCGAAGGGUAAAUAAUGACUCUGGACACUCAAAUUUUUAAAACGAAUCAUUAAAAUUAUUGAUAUAAGGAGAAUUAUGUGACUUGAACUUUGUAUAUAAAACCUGUAUGUAAUUGUCAAUGUGUUAUCACACUUGAAAUUGUAAAAACAAGAAAUCAAGCACAUUUAAGUUGUACAUUUCUUAAUAAAGUAAAAGAUCAGUUUGCUGCUGAAGAUCAAAUAAAACGUACAACUUUUGUACUUGACUUUAAAAACAUAUAAGAAUUUACCAUUUUGUUGUUCAACUUUCAAAUUAUAGUAUCCUUCACAUGUUACACAGAGAAUAAGUUACUUGUUUUGUAUAUAGGUGUAUCAUGUACAUACACACACAAAAACUAAAAUUAUAACUAGCAAUUGCAAAAAAAGGAAUUUUAUUGUGGUGUAGGAAUGAUACAUCUAAUAUAUGGUAAUGCCCAAUAUUCAAAUUCUCUAUUUCCUUGGCCUUAACAAACAAGAUAUUUCUAGCUUAUUGCUUAGCUUAUCACAAAUCAUUACACAAGUUUUCCAUAUAAAUUUAAGUAUAGAAAUUGCAGCCAAUCUUCUCUGAGUUUUACAGUCAUUGCAUUCUUUCAGUUGGACAAUGAAUAUAUAAGUGGAUAUACAAAGUGGGUGUAAUGAACAUUUUAAUAUGAUAGUGUAUGACAUGCAAAUGAAAAUAGAAAUAAAUAGUAUCAAAACACAUAUUGUUUGAAAUAAUAUAUGUAUGUUAAGUUAUUGAGUACUGAGCAUGUGUAAUAUCUAAAUACAUAAAUAUGUCUUCCCUAGCAAAGUGUUUUAUCCCAUAAAUUUUUUUGGCAUAUCAUUUGUAACUUACAAUGAAAUAGACAAGUAAAGAUUGGUUUACAUAUCUACCAGCUGAACAGCAUAUUUCUUAAUACACAUUUAAGCUAAGACUUCUAACCUGAACUUCCUCAUUUACAUAAUUGUAUGUUUUUGACACAGUUGAUAAAACAUAUUUACAGCAUUUUCAGUUUCUAUCUAAUCUGAAAUUACACUAUUUUUAGUUUAACUUAAAUUUACAAAAAAUUCUUAUAUCUUACAUGCAUUUCAAUGAAUUCAAUUGUUAUAGUUGUCUUAUGAAAACACAAGCACUGCUUUA